AUGCCGCAAAUCGAAGCUGCCUUGGAGUAUCUUCAGAAACUUCAGCUCUACGAGCGAGAAAAGCCGUACUGGUGCUUCCUCCCUCCCAGUGAGGGGUAUGAUCCCAAUGUCGAUCGGGUCGAUAACCUAGAAUUCGAAGAGCAUGGAAACAUCCUGAUCCGCGAUCUGAGGGAAUGUGAAGAUCCUGCGCCACACAUCGACGAUUGGGGAUUCCAGUUCCUCAGCCAUCGCUCUGCGUUUGGUAGCUUCAACAAGGCGGAGGAUGUCGCGAGAUAUCGUGUCGAAACCGAGGAGCUUCUCAAGACAACAAUGAACGCUGUUUAUGUAAAUUGCUACGACUCGGUAUUGCGCAAGAAUAUUGUCUUCAAGAGAGACCAUCUUGAUCUCGCAGAUCCUCUGCAUACUGAGGGGCCGGCAAGAGGGGUACACAAUGACAUCACGUAUAAGUCUGGACCAUUGGUCAUAAAUCGAUUCAUGAGUGAUGCUGAGAAAGCGCGGUUUCUCAGGCCUGGAUAUCGAAUCCGCAUAAUCAAUACCUGGAGAACACUCAUUCCAGUCCUCAAAGACAGACCGCUAGCGUUCUGCGACAGCAGAUCAGUAGAUCCAUCCGAUUUGGUGGCAGCUGACAGAAUCAUCCCUGAGAAUGUCGGGGAGGUCUACUACCUCACGUACAAUCCAAAGCACCAGUGGUACUGGCUUGAGGAACAGACCCCCGAGGAACCACUGAUAUUUGUGAUGUAUGACACUAAAGAUGGUCCCCAUGGUCGAUUUUGUCCUCACGUAUCCUUCAAGAACCCGAGAUGCCCAGAAGAUGCACCACCGAGAGAAUCGAUAGAAACCAGAUCUAUUGUGAUUACAAAGGACGGAUGA